AAUGGCAGAUAUUCUCCAGACGAAUCGUCCAUUGCGCUACUCGAAUAUCCCUGCAUAGGCUUCAGAUUCGAUCUUAUCCAUCCUGAACUGGAAUGUUCUAAAACGCAGAUUGACCCGGGGACCCUACUGAAGCCUCUUUCUGAGCUCGAUGAUCCACGGAUAGUAAAUUUUCUGAGAAGACAACAUGGAGAAUCUCGACGUAAAGACGCAUUUCUAGCUCGGGAUGUGCUUAACCCUUGCGUUUACGCUGUCAUACCGAAGACCAAUGUGAUGCGAUUGACGGAUGAUCAAGCAAUGCUGCUCCUUGCCAUCGAUGACUGUGAGCAACGUGUGCUUCUGUACAGAGAUUUUGAGACGUUCGAUUUUAUAAGCAGUUUACGGGAAGGAGACGCUGUCUUUGUAGAGAAUUCUGGCAAGAUGUACAGCGGUCGUGUAGGCAGAGUAGGAGAACGGCCGUAUUGUUACGGUACAUGGUACAACAUCGAAAUACCGGUCAGUUUCGCAGAGUUUGCACAGAUUUACUUUUCGAUGUUUUGUUACAACGCUGCUGACAGUCUUCUAAUAUCCAUAGCGAUUUUU